AUGACGAGCGAGCGUGUAAAGGCUUCCGUCCUCUAUGGCGCGAAGGACCUCCGUUUAGAGGAACGCGAGCUUCUCCAGCCCACCAGUCAUGAGGUCCAGGUUGCUGUUCAGUCUACUGGUCUCUGUGGCUCCGAUCUUCACUACUACAAUUACUUUCGCAAUGGCGACAUUAUCGCUCGGGAGCCACUAACUCUCGGUCAUGAGUCUGCCGGUAUAGUUGUCUCUGUCGGCUCGGAAGUUACAGAUCUGAAGCCUGGAGACCACGUCGCUCUCGAGGUUGGCCUGCCCUGUGAGGCAUGUGAUCUUUGCAGUGAGGGCCGCUAUAAUAUUUGUCGAGAUAUUAAAUUUCGUAGCUCUGCCAAAGCGAAUCCUCAUGCGCAAGGAACACUUCAAAAAAAGAUUAACCAUCCUGCAAAGUGGUGCCAUAAGAUGCCCGACCAUGUCAAUCUUGAUCUUGGUGCUCUGGCUGAGCCUCUUUCAGUUGCUAUGCAUGCUAGAGACCGAGCUGCUCUUCCAGACGGUUCCACUAUUCUUAUCAUCGGCGCUGGCGCCGUCGGACUGCUGGUAGCUGCUAUCGUUAAGGCUGGCCGGGCUAACACUGUUAUUAUCGCCGAUAUCCUUAAGGACCGUCUUGACUUUGCUACUGCCAAUGGAUUCGCUGAUGCUUCCGUAUUGGUUCCUAUGGAUCGUCCACAAACCAUUGGGGAUAAGCUUGCAUUUGCUCAGAGCGUAGCUGCUCUAGUGAAGGAGACUAAGGUCAAUGGGUCGAAAAUUGGAGAAGUCGCAGCUGUCUACGAAUGCACCGGUGUUGAGACCUGUCUGCAAACUGCGAUCUAUGCAACUAAACCUGGAGGCAAGGUCAUGAUUAUUGGUAUGGGGACUCCCGUUCUUACUAUCCCAAUUUCAGCGGCCGCUCUCCGCGAGGUUGAUAUUAUAGGCGUCUUUCGCUACGCGAAUACAUAUAAGAAGAUCAUCAACCUUCUUGCCAGCCCUCCACCCAACAUGCCCGAUAUAAGCCGUCUUAUCACUCAAAGAUACAAUAGCAUAGAUAAGGUUGAAGAAGCCUUCCAAAUAGCGGGCAAGUCGCGGGAUGACCAGGGUAACCUUAUUAUUAAGGUCGUUGUAAAUUUUACCGAGAAAUGA